GGACACGUGCUUACCAACAUAUUGCCGGCGUUGUUGGCAUACACGGACAGGCUUUGCUUGCCUUUGUCGCUGCAGCCUUGCUGUUCCUGCGGGGCAGUUGGCUCCUGGUAGAAAGUCCAAAGCUAUGCCAGGUCAUCUCGUGGUUUGUCCUGGGGGCCAUCUUGAGCUUAUGCUGGAUGCUCCAUCCUGCAACAGGCCCAUCGCUCGAGCAUUUUGAUAUGGAAACAUGCGUGAGCUGCGUAUUGGCUGCUGCCUGCUAUGGCGGCAUUCUUUUUGCUUUAUUGCCCGAAGCAGGCUGCUACACUGUGGGGGUUGGCGCUAGUCUUUGUGUGAGUGUAUUUGCAAUCCGCCUGGCAUAUUCUUCCAGGGUGCUUCAUGUUGCAGAUGGGCAGUCCUUCAUGCCGCUUCAUUUCUUGGUGGGAAUCCUGGGUGGCUAUUGGUGUAGCUGCCGCAGAAAGCAGGCCUUGGAUUUCUUCUUUUCUGCAGGAGGAAGUGCUGUCAUGGCUUUGACACUUCAAUGGUGGCUGAUCGACACUUUGACACUUUUUCUGCCGGAAUCGAAUGACAACACGAAUGAAAACACGAAAACAGCUUUGGAUCAUUUCUUUCGGCUGUGGAGCGGUCCGAUCGCAUCAGAGUCUCAUUUGUGGGAUUCUAUCACCUGCUGGUUGUUCUUGAUUAUGUGGAGCGCUAUGUUUCUGCUUGGUGGUCGUGUACAACGAAUACUUCAACUCACUGAAGGAGAAAGGCUCCAAGAAAGACAAUGGAAGCUUCAGCAGUGGUUCCAGGAUCAACUUCGGAAGGCACCAAGGAAUUGUGACAGAGUACCACGAUGGCCAGGCACACAACACAGAGCGGAGGAUGACGGAGACAAUGGAGACCAUACAGAUGGCAGACAGGUUUCGGGAACAUCAGAGGAUAGGGACCUUAGGGAGGAGGAGGAUUUUGGCAUGUAUUUGCUUCCAAAAGACCUUGAAUCUAUGAAAUUGAAGCGUGCCAAGAGCAUCCCUUGCUUUAGUACUCGCUCACAAACUGUCAUACCUCUUCGACAAUCAAGUUUGCCUGUUGCAGCAGUUGCACGACAAAGCCAUUCUGAUUUGUCGCCUUGGCCAUAAGAGCCCUGCCAUUGAACCAAUUAAAUUCGGAACCUGUGCAGCUUCACCCAGGACCUUAGUUGCCGCUUUAGCUUGCAAUUUAGCUUAAUUGAGCCGAAAUGUCAGAUUGGAAUUUUAACCACAACACUGCAACGCCAGAGCUGGAGAUAAAA